AUGGCGAUAAAUCCAAAAGCAUUUCCAUUGGCUGAUGCCGACUUAACUAACCAAAUACUCGAUCUAGUUCAACAAGCCUUGAACUAUAAACAAUUGAAAAAAGGAGCUAACGAAGGUAUGUCAGAAUUUAUUGUGAUGACAGCUGAUACAGAGCCAAUCGAAAUUCUAUUACAUCUUCCGUUACUUUGUGAAGAUAAAAACGUUCCAUAUAUAUUUGUUCCUUCGAAAACUGCGUUGGGUCGUGCAUGUGGUGUCUCACGUCCAGUGAUUGCUGUCUCCAUAACUAACAAUGAAGCUUCAGAAUUGAAACCUCAAAUCCUUCAAAUCAAAAAUCAAAUUGAAAAAUUAUUAAUAUAA